GGGGCGCAGGGGCUGUCGGGAGGCCGUCUGCGCUUGCGCGGCUCACGCGCCCGCCCGCGGCGGGGAGGCCCGGAUGGAAGACGCGACGCCGUUGCCAUGGCAGCGGGCCGCCGCCGCCGCGGGCUCAGGUGCUGCGGCUUCCUGCGCCGCGUCGAGAGGGAUUUAGAACGGCCGGGCGCGAAGAGCGCUCCGGCCGCGUCUGUGACCCAGUUUCCGCGGCUCCCAGGCAGGGCGGGCAGCGCAGCGAGGCGGCGAGGUCCGGAGGGGCGCGUGGGGACAGGGAGAGCGGCUGCAGCGCGGCAGCCUCCGUUCGGUCCCCGCCGGCCGCUGGAAGUCCUGAGCCCGCGGGAAACGGGCAUCCAAAUAAAUGCAUUAUUAUUUAACAAAUGGAAAAUGGAUGAAAAUAAAGAUAUGGAUUCAAAAGAAAGUGGAGAAUACGAAGAUGACUUUGAAAAGGACCAAGAAUGGUUAAUUAAUGAAAAAGAAACAAGCGGUACCAGCAGAACAGAGAUGGCUUAUGGGAAUGAAGAGAAUAUUAAUGAAGAAUUAAAAGAGAAUGAAACAGAAAUAGGACAUACCAAACAGCUUUCUGAUCCUGACAAAUCUUUGAAGGAUGAGGUUUCAUCAAAAAGAAAUGACUUCAUUUCUGUACCGAGUAUUCAGUCUUUGGAUCCCAUAUCAGAUUCAGAUAGUGAAAACUCUUUUCAGGAAUCUAAACUGGAAAGCCAGAGACACCUGGACGAGGAAGAGGAUGAAGAAGUAAGGAGAUACAUAAUGGAGAAAAUUAUACAAGCCAACAAGCUUCUGCAGAAUCAAGAACCUGCGAAUGAUAAAAGGGAGCGAAAACUGAAGUUCAAAGACAAACUAGUUGAUCUGGAAGUUCCUCCACUGGAAAACACUGAUACUUACAAAAAUCAUUUUGAAAAUGAGAGUAGUAUGUCUGGAAAACUGUCACAGUUGUGUAUUUCCAGUGAAUUUGGACAAGAAAAUGUGUUCCUGUCACUUACUGAUGAAAGUUGUGAAGAAACCAAGGAUAGGAAAAUACUAGUAGAGAGAGAUGGGAAGUUUGAACUUAUGAAUUUACAAGACAUAGAGAGUCAAGGGUUUUUGCCCCCCAUUAAUGAUGCUAUUAGUAGAGAAAGUGAAUCUCAGCAGCUGUCACCCAGAUCUUCCAACUUGUCUGUUGGUGUCAAGAAAGCAGAACCUGUGGCGCAGAGUCAAGGGGCUGCCCGCUCACCUGCCAGAGAGCCCCUGGCUCGCGCUCCUCCGCCGCCCCGGGAACCCAAGGCCCGCUGGGGCUCUGCCGCCGGCUCGGGUGCGUGUCCGGGGAACGGGAGGGCUAAACACAGGACACCGUCUGCAAGUGUACCUCCAGCGACCUCAACAUACUGUCUUUCCCGUCGACAGAAGGAGCUGCAAAAACGGCUGGAACAAAAGAGAGAAAACCUGAAGAGAGAGGAAGAACAACGGAAAAUGGAAGAAGAGAAGGAAAAGAAAGAAGAGAAUGACACAGCAUUUAGAGCGUGGCUGCAGAAGAAGAGAGGGCAGGUCCUAGAGAGGAGGAGGGUCCAGCGGGUGAAGCAAAGUGAAGACAUGAGCACACGACAGGAAAACAGAGAUCCACAACACGCGUUUCUACUGUGGCUUAAAAAAAAGCAUGAGGAGCAAUUGAAAGAAAGAAAGAUGGAAGAACUACGGAAGCAAGAGGAGUGCCUGUUCUCUCUGAAGGGGACAGAAGGCCGUGACGGCGCCUUUAAACAAUGGCUAAGGAAGAAACGGAUAGAGAAACUAGCAGAGCAACAAGCGGUCAGAGAAAGAACUCGACAGCUCCGACUGGAAGCGAAGCGCUGGAAACAGUUUCAGAACCACCUGUAUAUGUCGGAAGCUAAGCCUUUUCGUUUUACUGAUCAUUACAACUGA